CGCAUCACGCAUCACGCAACACGCAACACGCAUCACGCAUCACGCAACACGCAACACGCAACCAUGGUUUCGAAGCUCUUCUGGAAAGAGCCAAACGGCAGGAGCGCGUACGUGCUCAGCUGGGUGAGCACAAUCGUCACCGCCGUCUUUGCCAUCGCCGGAAUCGUGCUCUAUAUCGCCACGGGCUCCGUCAUGUGCCUUGUCUUCGGGCUGGAAAACUGCGUCGACCUGAUGAGCUCCGUGGUGGUCCUGUGGCGGUUCUGGGCCUCCGGCUCGCUGACCAAGGAGAGGGAGAAGGCCCUCAAGCGCCGCGAGCUGCGGGCCAGCAUGGCGAUCUCUUUCAUCCUGAUGAUCCUGGGCUUUGGCGUCAUUGCCACCUCCAGCUACGACGUUGCCAUGGGGCCCGAGACGAAGCACGAGAUGGACUUUGUCUUGGGCAUGUCGGCCUUCAGCCUCCUGGUCUGCGGAAGCCUCGCCCUGGUCAAGUUUCGGUACGCGAGCGUCCUAGAGUCGGAGUCCCUCUACAAGGACGGCGUCUGCUCCCUCAUCGGGACGAUCCUGGCGGUGGCCCUCCUGAGCAACACGCUGAUCAUCCGCACCCACCCGCAGAUCUGGUGGCUCGAUCCCUGCGUGGCGAUGAUCUGCGGCUUUGCGGCCCUCUUCAUCGGGGUCCACUCCGUCUUUGUCGCCUGGAAGCACCGGCGGGUCCCCAUCUGCCACCUCUCCUGGUGGCUCAUGUCCCGCGGGGCCCACGAGCCCAAGCAGGGCGACGGCGACGGCAUCGAAAAAUCCGAUCCGGACGGAGGAGGCGGCGACGGCGAUCCAUCGGCUCCGACGAGCCUUUCCGACGGGGUUGUGUAAGACGAGACGUAGCGAAACGAAAGGAAAG